ACUACGAAGUACAGACGUUCCAUCGAGCAUCUCCAGAGAUCCUUCUUUGUGUCGUGGUCGCUGAUCGGUGUGAAAAUCCAACAUGAAGGCGAUCGGCUGCGUUUCCUGCGUUCUGAUGAUCGCGUUCCUCGCGGAGGUCGCGUGGUCCCAGCAAUCACAGAACAAGAUCCAGCAAGAUUCGUUCGAACAAUUCACGACAGACGAGACGCUGAAGAUGAAGAGACCGUUUUGCAACGCGUUCACCGGCUGCGGAAAGAAGAGAAGUUACCACGAGAAUCCGUCGUCCCAGGGCUACGAAUCAAGCGGUACCGUUCGACUUCCGGUAUCUGUCUACAAAGCGUUGCUGAGAGUCGCGUCCCAGCACAUCCGGAACACGAUCGAUCGGGAGGCAAACGAGUAUCAGUUGUCGGAUAUACCGCAGGUGUAUCUUGCCGGUCGAACGCCCCUUCACAAGAGACUCGACAUUCCAUUGACUUCAUUGGACUAACUUCGAGCAUGCCAGAAUCCACGAAACGGUGCAGACCCCGGCAUCACGAUUCGAUCCGUGGCUUGUGAACAUCAAACAAUACCCUUACGUUGAUUCCCUGUUCCUUGUCUGAUUUAUAUUACACCACGCGGUUUCGAACGAUAGAGAGUAGAAGUUUCAUCGAG